AUGUAUUCCAAGUUUUGGCCAAAAGGCGGCCUCCCAGGCAUUCUUCAUCACUAUACCGAGACUUUGGUCACUUUUGAAUGUGCUUCUAGUGUUUUGCGUCAGCCUCACAGUAUCCUCUUCGUCGGGGGACUUGGUGACGGUCUUGCGACCACCUCGUAUAUGUGCGAUCUCGUGCGCGCUCUUCAGCCGACGGAAUGGUCGCUUUUCACUCUCAAUCUGACCUCUUCCUACCAAUCGUGGGGUCUGGGUCAUUUGGAUCGAGACACAGACGAGAUCGCCCAAUGUCUGCGAUAUAUUAAGGAUUACAAGACUUCAAAAUUUGGGGACGGCAAAAUUGUGCUCAUGGGACAUUCAACUGGAAGCCAAUGUGUGAUGCAUUAUCUGUAUCGGCCCAAUCCCCAUACAAACGCGCCCUCUUUCGAUCCAUACCUCGAGCAUACACUACGAACACCACUUGAUGGGGCAAUCAUGCAAGCACCUGUAUCUGAUCGUGAAGCUGUGCAGUGGGUACUGAGUGAAGGAAUUGGAGGCAAGACUGGCAACGAAAUUCGGCCCAUCUACGAGCGACUAGUGUCCAUGGCAAAGGAUCAAAUAUCCCGUGGCGAAAGCCAUGAUUCUAUUCUCCCACUUUCGAUGACCUCUUACAUCUACCCUGCAAACACUCCAAUCAGUUGUCGCAGGUUGCUCAGUCUAAUAAGCCCCGACAGUCCUCAGUCACCGGGCGAGGAUGAUCUCUUCAGCUCUGAUCUCAGUGAUGAGCAUCUGAAAACCACUUUUGGAAUGAUCCGGGAGCGAGGGUUGUUGAACCACAAGUUGAUGGUCUUAUUUUCUGGCGCCGAUCAGGCAGUCCCAAAAUGGGUCGACAAAAGCAAGCUGAUGGCACGAUGGCAAGCAAUAACCGACCACGAUGGAAAAUACGAAAUCUGGGAUAAAGAACACAGUGCCAUCAUUCCUAACGCAUCCCACGCCCUGAGUAAUGAUGAUCAGGCCAAACCACGAGAAUUUUUGGUGGAACGGGUGCUUGGAUAUUUGCAGUCCGCAGAGAAAGUCUGA